UACACACAGAUUAUUGGAUCUGAAUGCUCACAGCUCUGCUCAGUCAGUCCUUCCUCAUGCAAUCCUCCCUCUGUCCUGAAGUAUGUGGGAUCCCUUGUGAGGGCUCUUGAGCAAGCCAGCCUACGUGCAGUGUGAUGACCUGAAAACCCAGUCAUCUCCAGCCUCUGCGAUGGGAGCAUGAGUCACCUAGCUCUUAGAAUGUUGCAUUUCCCAAGGUUCUUUUGGGGUUCUGCAAUCUGGGCACAACAUUUGGAGCAUUGUCUGGGAACCCCAACCCCUGCCCCCCAGGAACCGGAGUUCUGAAGGUUUUGUUUUUCAACUGAUUGUUGGUUCCGGGACCAACAGGGGAUCCAUCUACCAACCCAGUGGUCAUUAAUGUCCUUUUCUCAUCCACCCAACCUGAUUGGGAUUACAACACUGCCCAAGGUUCUGCCCAGGAGAUUGGGUCUUUGUACGAAGACACUACCACGAAACCCUGGAACUGAGAUGGAAGGGGCCUUAAGUAGAUCUGAUGACAACACCAACUGCCUUAAAGGUGAAUGGCAUUGCCAUCUGGAUCCACCAGUCCUGUGCCAGACUGACAGAUCCCUUAGCCACUCCGGAGGACUACAAGGGGGACACUUGGAAAGCAACCAGACAUCCCGUCAACCUGCUCAAGCUUCAAUUGCAAAGGACACCCUCGAGUUGAUCCUGAUCUGCCUGCUGCUGCUAUGUCUGCCUUUCCCUGCUGCUACAGCCCACAACCCGCAUUUGCCAGUCAACACCACCUGGCUGCUGAUCAACAAUGGGACCGGAAAACUGGCCAACUCUACCUCGUCCAGCAACUAUCCCAAGGACACCUGGUAUCCCGACCUGUAUGUAGAUCUAUGCGAUUUGGUGGGCAGCGAUUGGGACCCCUCGGAUCAUGAGCCGUUCCCAGGGUAUGGCUGUAAUUCUCCCGGGUUCCGAGCUAGCACCCGAAGCCUAGAGUUCUAUGUCUGUCCUGGACAUGACCGCUCCAAGACUCAACAAGCUAAAUGUGGGGGCCCCAGGGAAGGGUACUGCGCAUCCUGGGGUUGUGAAUCCACUGGGUGGAUCAACUGGCAUCCCCCAAUAACGGGGGACCUCAUUACCGUCCAGAGGGCGGGAGAUUUAAAGACAGUAGGCACGGGAAUAUGCACUCAUGACAACCAACGAGUUGACUGUGGCCCCUGCUAUGAUAAAGAGCAGUUCCCCUAUCAUCUUUGGGCCACUGCAGGGGGACGAUGCAAUAUGCUAGUUAUCAGCUUUACAGAGGCAGGGAGAAAAGCAGACUGGACAACGGGAAAAACUUGGGGCCUACGCCUUUAUAGGACAGGUUACGAUCCGGUGCUGCUCUUCACCCUGCACCGUACCUCCAGCCCUAUACCAACAACCAUAGGACCAAAUAAGGUAUUAGACCCAAUAGCGCCCCCUCCUCAAAGACCUACUCAGCCGCUCCUGACAACCACAGGCUCGCAGGAGCGUUCAUUUCCAUAACUCCCAAUCUCUCUCUACCUAUGUCUCCCAGAGUCUCAUCAGCCAGGGACAACCUUCUACAAGUUCUCCAGCAGUCAUUUUUAUUUCUAAAUGCCACCAACCCUAACGCUAACAAAUCCUGUUGACUAGGCUACACCACUGCCCCACCAUACCUUGAAGGAAUUGCCCUGCUAGGAUCAUUCUCAAGCAGUAGGGACCCAGCUUCCUGUAGAUGGCGGUCUAAAGCUUCCCUGGCCCUUCAGUUGGUCUCAGGGCAGGGAACUUGUGUGGGCACAGUGCCCCUUAAGUCAUCGGCACCUUUGCAAUCAAACUACCCCUAUUGUAAAUGGGACCAACUACCUUAUACCCCACGAUGACACUUGGUGGGCUUCCUCUACUGACCUGACAUCUUGCAUCCCCCAACAAGUGCUUAUUAGAUCUAGCGGCUUCUGUGUCCUCAUCAGAGUCCUUCCCCUCCUGAGCUAUCAUUCUGAGGAACAAAAGAGAGCCUAUCACAGCAUUAACUCUAAGCCUCCUUCUGGGGGCAGGAAUUGCUGCUGGUAUAUGUACUGGAACCACAGCACUCAUACAACAAAGACAAUACUCUUCCAGCCUAAGGGAAAGCUUAGACUUUGAUCUCAAAUGGGCUGAGGAUUCUAUCACUCAUUUACAAGAUUCCCUAAGCUUCCUAGAAGAGGUAGCCCUACAGAAUCGGAGUGGGCUAGAUCUUUUAUUCCUACAAGAGGAAGGUCUUUGUGCAGCCCUAGAAGAGAAAUGUUGUUUUUUACAGAGACCACUUGGGGAGAAUAAAAGACAACAUGGCCAAGAUCAGAGAAGGACUAGAAAAACGCAGGAGGGAACGAGACGCCAACCAAGUAUGGUUUAGGUCCUGGUUUCACAGUUCCCCCUGGAUGGCCACCCUGGCGUCUGCUCAUAUAAGCUCCCUCCUAAUACUCCUUGCUUCUGAUGCUAGGUAUUAUUAACAGACUAGUCGAGUUUGUAAACGAGCGCCUGGGUACAAUCCAACUAAUGGUUCAAAGAUCACAAACUUAUAAACCCCCACCCCAAACCUCUCCAGAAUUUUUCCGAAUUGUUGACCAGUAACCCAGGAUUGGGUUACUCUUGAUACACAGAGAAAAUGGGGUGGGGGAUAAAAGGCCAGAAACUGCUGCUAGCUCAGUUCCCCUUGCCUAAACCCCCGGUUCUCAGAAAACGGAAUCUACCCCCAAGCUAUGUCAAAGUCCAGUUGUUAGCUCUUAGUCCUCAGGAGUAAAAGUAACUGCCAGACUGUGGGCACACCUAGAGAUAAAGCGAUAGAAAUUCCUAAAUCCCCUCUCAAGAUAAGUGACUGGCCAACUUGCAACCCCCAUGCCUCUGCUUAACCUUGGUUUACCUUGGCCAACUCUUUGGGAUUUUCUCUCCCUCAUCUUUGAACUCCUGCCUUUCCUGAUAACUAAAACUAAAGGCCUAAGAAUUCUGAUUGGAUACUUAAGUUCUACCUUCUGUUCCCAGUUUAAACAUGUCUUAAACAGGUCUCUGCUUCUGGCAGAUGCAUCUGAACAUCAGUUGCUGACUACAGACUGCUCUUAAGGACUGUGAGCCCUGGGCAUGCUGUGGACAUGAACCAGUCCAGCCGAUGUGGAUACUUCUUGUCUCUUCAAACGAGCCAUUUUUUUUUUUUAAUUCCCUGUUGCUCUUGACUGGCAUUUCAGCCUUCUUAGGUUCCUAACAAUGCCCUGAAGUCAGCAGGAAGUAGCACAGGAAAGAAUACAUCGCCUCUUUUCCCUGGUUUCCCUCACAUGGAGGACAAUAUGAUGCCAGUAUCACUCCCCCAGUGAAAUCUGUCAGCUAGUAGCUUACAGGGCCUGCUAACAUUUGGGCCCUAUAUUGUUAAUUUCCUGCCAGAAACCAAGGGAUUGGUUUUGACGAAAAGUCGAAGGGAGAGAUGAGAGGGAAAAAUUAAUAAAAGUCUAAAACUUGAACUCCAAAGCUCAAAUAGGAAAAUACUUAAGCUUCUCUGAGUUCCCAAAAGGCAGCCCAACAGACAAGGUUAAACAUAGGUCCACAUGACUCAAGGCCAUAGACCAGAUAUCACAACCUUAAGCUGUGUUGACAUUCCUCUAGUCCAAAGAGGAUCAGAUAGUUAUCAAUUGUAGAAGUCCCCAGCCCAGGAGAUCAUUAACAAACUCAUUUCCUCUGCAGCAUCCUGUUUAAUUGCACCUUGCCUGAAGCAUACAAUCAUUGUCCUAUCCAGUGUAACCAGGGAAGUUUUGUGAUCUUGGGGCUUCCAGCCCUACAAUUUUCCCCUAUAAAAACACCCUUCAGUCAAAAGUGGGUACUCCAUUUUUUCCUGAACGAAUGGGGUCCUUGUUUCAGCUGGAAUCCUCAAGUCA